AUGAUGGCAAUGACGCGCUCCAGGGCUUGGGCGGGUCGGAAUCGCGUCGACAGCAAUAACGAAGCACAUUGGUUCUGUCCGCGACAAGACGCCGAGGAUGAUACAUUAUUCUUCGACGAGGAUCUGCUUGGUAGCGAUAUCAAAGAGUCGGAAGAUGACAAGGCAAAGAGAGGGAAAGCGCUAGAGCAGGCCAAGCAGACUCAUGAUGAGGCUCUCCUAGCUUGCAAAAUCCUCGCAUUUGAUGGCGAGGAUGCCGUCAGAUAUCAACAGAAGUUACAGCAGCAAUUGCAAGUCCAUUUGACUCGCUGCGAUGUCUGUGUGCGGGAAUACCAUCGAGGCCGAAGACAACUGCGAGAUAUGCUCGAAGCUGAAUAUCCUCCCGAAGAGGUUCACUCUUUCAUGUGCAAAUUUGAUCAGAUGAACAUCACGCGUAUCGAAAACGGUCUCAAUCAUUUGACAAGCACUCUGCAAGGACUGCCGCCGAACAAACGUAGUAUCGCAGCUGCUGGAGACAUCGGCAUGUAUGCGCUAUUCGAGGCUUUGAAUUGCAUACCCUUCUUACGAGACGAAGAAACCCUGGCUCGUGUCUUUGACAUGGCGUUUCAACUUGUUCAGCCGCGGAAGCUACGGUUGAGCAGCUUCGUUCCAGGCAUGACGUCCUUUCUAUUCUCUCACGUGCCUGUGCGAAACGAAUGGGCAAUGCGAAGUUUCCGUCAAGCGAAGCGGACACCUCACGACGCUGAAGUAAAAUUUGCCAUCUUACCAUUUUUCAACGCAGCACUGAGCCGGGUUACACCAGCAGCGCUUGAGAGAGAGUUUCUCCCGCGUUUCUGGGCUGCUACACGCACCAUCAUUUCGCAACUCAGUGCCAUACAGACUUCAGACUGUAUCAGGGGGUCCGACUUUGAAUUAGUGCCUCUGUCACUAGACCAUCUUCAAGUCGAUGCCGACCACUUCACAGAUUUGGUCCAGUGCUACGUGCUAUUACUAGAAAAGGAUGCGCGUGGUUUCUGGGAUGCAGCCGAUAAGGCUUCACCACAAAUUAUUAUCGAGCAGAUCUGCAAAUCGCCAGCUCUCGAGAAAAUGCUGAUGGACACUGUAGAGAAGGAGCCACUCAAACUCGAAGAGAAGAUGGCAUGGACCGAGAUCUUUAUCCGCAAUAUAAAUGCCAACAACAUUGUCCCACCAUUGCUCACCAUGCUCGGCCAAAUGCUACACAGAUUUCAGAAUGAUCGAUACUCACGAUAUGCAAGGAGGGUGACAUAUGUUCAAGGUCUCACAUGCUUGUUAGAGGCCGUAAAAACGGUUCGAGAGACCAUCAGUGGUGGCCCAGUCUGCGUCGACCUCAUCGAAGCUGUUACGAAAGAGCAUGCACAGAUCAUUCUCGAGGAGCUCGACGGCAUCGAGACGAAGGAGGAGUUCAACAUCGAUGACGUCGAGCAAAAAGUUCUUGACAUCGUGUUCAAUAUCGUAAGCCUCGAAGUCAAAAUCUUGACGUACGACCGACGCGUAAUUUGGGAAAAGGGCGACGCAGCGGCCGAUGUCAAUAGCUCUUACUUGAAGUUCUGGACGACCACAGUUAAGCGCAUAAGGUCAGGUCACCCUGCGCUGAUGGUUGCGAUGCUGUCGGGCAUCUCUGAUCUUGUUCAGCUUGAAAAGAUCGCGCCAGCUCAGGAAAAGCACGCUCCGAAACGAGCCAAGAGCUGGAAUACAGCCCUCAGCCGAAGUCAUGAUGAAGUUUACAAACUCUUAGAGAAGCUAGAGUCUUUCAGCUCCGACACGCUUGAAGGCUUGUUCAAUGAGCGAAAGGGGGCUCAAGGCAUUAUCCUUCUGCUUUUCAAUGAAGAUGAAAGGCUGCAGCAGGCCGCUUUAGGAAUUCUCAAGAUCACGAGUGGCCAGGACACCCGACGUGAUUGUCUGAUGGAAAUUGUGAAGCGACGAUUUGCAUCAGUCUUGUCCUCUUUCACUGCUGCAUACGAUCUCAUAACACGUCACAAGCCUUUUGCGCCUUGCACAGCGGUAUUGAAGAUGGGAAACGACAUUCUCGGCUGCUUGUGCGAUUCGAAUGAUGGUCUCCUUCGCUCCAGGCAACUCAGCGAGGCGGAUGAUAUCAAAGCUUUGACUGACUUCUGGCGCAAGACGUGGUCCGUCUUAGAAGUCAUCUUCGAGCAUACUGAGAAGUGGAGUGCUUCGCAUGACAAGAGCAUGCUGCAAGAAUUUUGCAGAGAGACCAUGGACUUUGCAGAAUUUGCCUUCGACCAGUACUCUGUAAUCGCGAAUACGUUAAGAAACUCAAAUCCAGACCAGCAACGUUCGAACACAGAGCGUCAAAAAAUCCUUGCCCAGCUUCUCGAGCAGCCGAACAAAGCAUUCCACAGUAUAGCGAAGUGGCUUCGUUUGCGCGACGAUUAUUUGAUUAUCAAAUCAGUAAGCUUGACCGUCAAGAUCCUCAACAGGUUACACACGGCCGAGAUCAAAGUUUCACCAAAAUCUUCAGCGUAUCUUCUCUCCAUGAUAUCAAAUGGUAAAGAAAGGACAAGGACGAAUCUGUCUCUGAACCAAAAGGCCGAAUUGAAAAGAGCGCUUGAAAAACAUAUCGACGUGAUCGAACUUGAACCUGCAGAGCCCAAGAAGCAGGGCUCGCUUCAAAGCUGGGUCACUGCUGGCCGCGAGCGAUCAUCAACACCAGUGUCAGGCGGAGAAGCCAGAGCAAGCAAGGAACCUCACCAAAAACUCGCACAGUCCAAGAACGAAACCAGUACAGCUACGCGAAUCGCUGCACAGAAGAAGAAAGAAGAACACCAAGCGGAACAGGAGAAGGCCAAGCAAGCGAGAGCAAGAGCAUCAAACCUGGGUGCUGGUAGUGGUGAGCACACCGCCAAAGGCCAGAAUGUAAUGGUCUCAUCUGAUGAAAGCGACGAUGACGACGACGACGAUGAUUCCCGCAAGAAAUCCGAACGGCCAAAUGUGAACGUCAGCGGUGCCCAAGGUCCGACUCGCAUCGCACGGACACAGCGUUCACAAAGGGACAUGCGAGCUCGACUAGCACCCGACUUGACCUCUCUUCAUAAAACCAUCCUCAAUUGGGACUACUUCCACGAAGGCGAUUACCCGCCCUACGCGGAUGAUUCGAUGUUCUCGCGAAACACAUUCGAGCCGCUGCUGACGUUGGAAGCUUGGCAAGGCAUGGUCAAGUCACGCGAAGAGAUCAAUGCAAAUACCGCUAAUGGAUAUGAGAUCAAGGUGCAGAACCGUAGCACUGUGGACUCAUUCACGGAGAUAAGUAGUCUACUUGACUCGGCUGAGAACAAGCGCUUGGGUCUUUCAGAGGGGGAUAUCAUCUUAUUAUCGAUGGGCAAGAAGCCUGCAGAUGAUUCAAAGUCGCCCCACUGUCUUGCCAGGAUUUACCGCAUCAAGCGACAGAAGGCCACGCUCGAAGUUGUGUACCAGGUUUCCCCUUCCGCCCCGCUGACGCCUCACAUGACGAUGCAAACCGUAAUAUAUGGGUUGAAGGUCCAAUCCAUCACACCACUCGAGCGAGAGUUUGGUGCUCUGAAAGCAUUACAAUACUAUGACCUCUGCAAUCAGAUCGUGAGAGCCGCACCGUCUCGGCGGAUCAAUGUCAACGAGAAGCAGAUAGCCAGCUUCCAAGACAUUUGGAACCUCAACAGAGCACAGUCUGAGGCGAUCAAUGCGGCUCUCGAGAACGACGGCUUUUCUUUAAUCCAAGGCCCACCAGGCUCCGGCAAAACGAAGACGAUUGUGGCCAUAGUUGGAGGAUUGCUUUCCAGUAUGUUGGACAACGGCUCUGUUGGCACUACGAAGAUUUCGGUGCCUAAAUCUGGUAUGAACGCCCCGGCAAGCGACAACGCGCCAAGCAAGAAGUUGUUGGUCUGCGCUCCGAGUAAUGCGGCUGUCGACGAGCUCGUUAUGCGUUUGAAGGAAGGAGUCAAGACGAAGAGCGGGCGACGACAUGACCUCAACGUCGUCCGAAUAGGUCGGAGUGAAGCUAUCAAUUCUCAGGUCAAGGACGUCACGAUGGAAGAGCUUGUCUCCAAAAGAUUGGGCAAUAAUGAAACAGAUCCUAAAAAGCGACAGGCGCAAGCGGAUGUGUUCCUCAAUCACAAACAGAUCUCUGGACAAUUGCAAGAAGCUUACCAGACACGCGACAAGGGUGAAGUCAAAGGCAAUGAUCUGACCAAACUUGAAGCGUCUAUUGCGCAGCUAAGGAAGCGGAAGAAUGAGCUCAGUGUUCAAAUUGACAACAUCAAAGAUCAAGAGCGGAACCAGGGCCGACAGGCAGAGCUGGAUCGCAAGCGUGCUCAGCAAGCAGUCUUAGAUGGUGCGCAUGUCAUAUGUGCUACACUUAGCGGUAGUGGCCACGAUAUGUUUCAGAGCCUGAACAUCGAGUUUGAAACUGUCAUCAUUGACGAAGCCGCCCAGUGCGUGGAGAUGAGCUCAUUGAUCCCACUCAAAUACGGAUGCGUUAAGUGCAUCAUGGUAGGCGAUCCAAAGCAGUUGCCUCCGACGGUAUUCUCGAAAGAAGCUGCCAAAUUCCAGUACGAGCAGAGUCUUUUCGUGCGCAUGCAAAACAAUCAUCCGGACGAGGUGCAUCUCCUGGAUACUCAAUAUCGUAUGCACCCACACAUCAGUCAAUUCCCCAGUCGAAGCUUCUAUGACGGCCUCCUCAAAGACGGACAAGGAAUGGCUGCUCUACGGAAACAGCCUUGGCAUACCAGUGCUUUGCUUGCUCCCUAUCGUUUCUACGAUGUCAAAGGCCAACAGCAAAAUGCUCCGAAAGGCCGAUCUUUCAUCAACAUUGCGGAAAUUGAUGUGGCGAUGGCCCUAUACAAUAGACUAACGACUGAUUGCAAAAGCUACGACUUCAGUGGCAAGAUCGGCAUCAUCACCCCUUACAAGGCGCAGCUGCACGCUUUGAAAGACCGGUUCUCUGGCCGCUACGGCUCAAGGAUUCUUGACGACAUCGAAUUCAACACCACUGAUGCCUUUCAGGGACGUGAGAGUGAAGUUAUCAUUUUCUCAUGUGUGCGAGCAUCUGAAAGUGGAGGAAUUGGAUUCUUACAAGAUAUUCGACGCAUGAAUGUCGGUCUAACGCGUGCAAAGUCAAGUCUUUGGGUGCUCGGUAAUUCCGGCAGCUUGAUCAAAGGGCAGUAUUGGCGCAAACUCGUUGAAGAUGCCCAGGCUCGCGAUUGCUAUACGACCGGUAACAUUAUGUCCAUGUUGGCCAAGCCAUCGGAUGCGUUCCCGGCGAAUGUCCCUGUCAAGGCUGAGGAAGCUGCCGCCAAUGGGAUCAAGCAGGAGAAGCCUUCGGAAGACCCACGCAAGGCGAAUGGCGCACAUUCGGAUCGCAUGGAAGGCGUUCGGUACAAAUUCGAAGAUCGUGUCUCCAAGCCCAGAGCGAGUGAGGAUCCGCGCAUCAAGCAAGAAAGAGCAUCCUCGCCUAAACGGGCAGAAGCGACUGAGGAUGUUGAGAUGGAGGACGCCGUGAUCGAAGAGCCGAUCGGCACCAGCCGGGCGAUUGAAACGAGUCGAUCCGCUGCUCUGAUAAAAGAAGAUCAUGGAAAAUCUGCCGCGGCAGAGCCAGCGAAGACGAAUGGCACAUCUGCAGCUCCCCGCGAAGCACCCGUCGCGCCUCGGAAGCGACCACAAUCGACUCCCUUCAUGCCGCGCAAGAAGCCUCGACCAGGAGCGCAGUGA